UCUCUUCAUUCAGUGCGCCGUUAUUUUGAGGCCAGGUGGUUUGACCGAUUGAAAAGAAAAAAAAAAAACCGAACGAUUUCUCCCGAUCAGCAUCACCCCCAGAAGCCCAAAAAAUCGACGAUCAAUCACAACUAAUAGUAAAAAAAUUCCAAUCCCUAGGACACACCUCUAAAAACAGUUGUCAUGUGGAGUUCAAGGAUUAAUAACCUGUGAGAAUCCUUUGAUAAAAACAAAAGUACAAGAUUUGUGGGAAAUGCCAGUGGGUGAGUUAAACCUGAUACCCAGUGGACUAUAACGAUUUAAUAAAAAAAAAACAUUUUAAUUGGAGAUAGGGGCAGAACGAAAUCGAGUUAUUGUGAUGUAAAUUGUUGUGGCAAGGCUUUUGUUGGGUGAAUCAAUUAUUUUUAUUUUCACCACUCGCUUGGACGAAAGCGUUGGCGUCGUCACGCAAUUGCUCGAAACCGACAUCAGGUUGUUUGGUAAUUAGUCCCUUCCGAGGAUUAAUUAUCGAUUGAUCAUGCCGUACUUGAGGAAAAAGCCAUUCCAGCGUCUUCAUGUGUCCUCGGACUACAGGGAUGAUGAUGAGGUUUUUCAUUGUGAAGUUACUAAUGAAGUUUUCAAGGAUUAUAAUGAGUACUGCGAGAGAAUUAUACUGUGCAACUCCACCAUUUGGUCGUGCAGUAUCACGGGGAAGACUAAUAUGACGUAUGAGGAGGCACUCGCCUGUGAGGAGAAUGCCAAAGCCAGUCUCAAGGAGUUUCCCAUGGAGUUGAGGAUCCCGAUUCUGUACCUCGCCAGCAGAACCACCAGGAGUUCCUUCAACGAGAUGAUGGAGGAUGUAUAUCAAUACGCGAGAGACAGAUAUUUCAUCGGUGAAAUGGUGGAGGCGAGUUUCACAGAGGAUUCCUGGUGCGAGUGUCACGUACUGCAGGUGAUCGAGCCAACAGACGAUCAAAUAAAAUUAUAUCUGAAAGAGAAUCCCCAGGAGAAUCCCCAGGACCGUCAGUUCCACCCCCCAGCAAAGCUCUUUCGCUAUGAGAUUGAGCAACUGGACUGUGGAGACAAUGAUAUAAGCCAAUUGAUGAUCGUGGAGGCGUCGCAGGUGCGGAGGAAGAAACAGCUAUACAGCAGAGAGAGAAACAAAAUUUUCCUGAGGAUGCUGUGCCACCAGGCGCCCAGUGGCACAUGGAUAGUCAAAGACGAGAUUCAACAGAAGUACGGAAUACCAAAAGUUCGAUUUGACUCGAUCUUCGCUGGACCCAUUCCGGAUUUUUCGAAUUUACCGAAACGCCCGAUUGUUAUGAAGCAGAAGCAGGGAACUCUCGACAAAUUUUUAACUUCAAAUCCAUCGAAAUCGAGUCAGGAUGCCUUCAAGCAGACGAAACCAGUGGACAAGAACAGCUAUGUGAGGAAAACGGGCCCCAAGGGACCGAGAAUGAAUGGAAAGUACAAAGAGAAUCAGAAGGCGAGGGCUGAGGAGGAGAAAGCCAAGAAGAAGGAGGAACGUCUCCAGAAGAGGGAGAAGAAGAAGGAGGAGAGGCUGAAGCUUGCUGCCUUUUCGGCGUACCUCAGGGACUGGCACAAACCCAGGGAAGAUUUGGAGUGCGAGGAUCUCAGGCCAAUACCAGAGGGUACACCAGUUAGCUGCAGUAUCCCGGACGACAGCUUCGGUGAUUUCGUUAUGAUCCUUGAAUUCCUGCAUUUUUUCCACGAGGAAUUGGAUGUGUCGUCGUAUUUUCCCAGUGGACUGACCUUCGAGAUGCUGGAGAAGGCACUCCUGGCCAAGGAGACGUCGGGUCUGUGGUCGGAUCUUCUCCAGCUGUUCUUGGCGAAUAUUUUUAAGCAUCAGGCAGAGGAGGAGGAUGAGAUCCACGAGGCGAACAACACUGAGACACUUCCAGAGGCAUCGAUGGAUCAUGGAGUGUCCUCCAUGGCAGAGGCUGUCAAGCUUGCAACCCUCGCCUCCACCUGGUCCCAGACACAUCAGGGCUGUCAACUAUCAGAGGUACCACUUGAUCACGUCACUGUCUCAGAAAUUCUCAGGCAACAUCUGCUGUCAUCUGGGGGUAGAAUCAGCGAGGUCGCCUCCAAGUGGAGAUACUCACAGAGAGGUGGAUACACCAAUCACGAUGAUCCUGCUCUCUCCCUCAGGAUCAUGGAGGCAAGGAUUCUCAGGACUCUGGGUCAUCGGUCUGUCGGUGAAUUCGAGAUGAAGGAUAAGCUCAUUGUGGCGACUUGUUUGAUCAAUCAGCUGUUGACUUUUGCGUCUAUCAGGGACGUAAUCGAGGAGAGGUAUGAGAAAUUGCAUCAGGCGAGGAGAGAACUCAAGUCAUUUAUUGUAGCUGAGCAGAGGAAGGAGAAGGAGGAGAGGGAGAAGAUGAAGGAGGAGAGGGAAAAGAUGAAGGAGGAGAGUGUCAAGCUUGUUGAUGAGAUCGUCGAUGAGAGGCCCAAGAAGACCAGGGGCAGCAGGGAGGAGGAGAAGAAGAGGGAGGAGUAUGAGGGCAGGCUUGGGGAGUUGAGGCAGGCUGCCAAGGAUGAUCAGAUGAUGCUCCUCUUGGGGAUGGACAGGGCCUUCAGAAGGUACUGGAGACUCCUCUCUGUACCUGGGAUAUUCGUCGAGGAUAAUGAGGUGAAUCCUGGUGUUUGCAUCGAGGGCGGCACCAAUUAUAUGCCUGAGCUCCAGGAUAAAGCCACUGCCGAGGUUUAUCUGAGGAGAAAAUUCGAGGAUGAGUUCAGCGAUAAUAAAGAGAACGACUUUAACAAGUCGAAGAAGAAAAAAACCGUGAGUUUUACUGAUAAAAAGGACAAGAAUGGAUUGAAGUCUCCGAGAAAGGAGUCGGAUGUCAGGAAAUCCCUGAUGGCAUGUACGGGGGACAAAGAGUGCCCUGUUCAUCAGUCUAAGAGCCCUGGGAAAUGGAGAUUUCUGGGUCGCCAGGAGGACAUCGAGGCCCUCAUAAAUGGUCUAUCAAUUCGAGGUAUAAGAGAAGGAGAGCUCAGGAAUAAUCUUAUCCAGGAGAGUGAGAGUAUCUCGUCAGCCCUGAUUAAUUGUCCCAAACACAAGCUCAAUCCUGAAGUGUAUCCACCCUCUAACAACAACAACUCCACAACGAAAUCUCGAAAAUCCAAGCAGGAAAAUACAAAUCUCAAUUUUCCACCGGACGUUCCCAUCGACGAGGUCUUGGAGCUCACCCUGAGGGAUUACGUUCUGGAUCUUGAGGACAAACUGAAGGCAGGAUGUCUGGGGAUCCUGAAGGUAAAAGACAGGGACUCCUGGAGGAAGGAGGUGGGUACCAGUGGAAUUGAGGAGCCAGUGAACACGACAAUCGAUAAAAUAAAGAAUGAGAGUAGAAACAGUCGUCCGGGUACACCAGACUCCGAGGUGGGGACUGGAAAGACCUACAGGGAUCCUGGCAAGUACCUGGGACCUCCUGGAGACGACGAGACACUUCCUGAUGGCCGACAGCAGGCCAACAUCAAGCAGAUGGCGUGGGCUAUACUCCAGCUGUUUCAUGCUGUUGAGACGAAGUACUUGAAGAGACCACUGGGUAAUGACGAGAAGGACAAGAAAUACUCGUGCGAAGAAGUCAGGGAGAAGUGGGAGCAGUCACUUCUGGCCUCCACAAGCUGGUCCCAAUUGUUUCUACAUCUGAAUACUCUAGAGGGAAGUGUCGCCUGGGGUAGAAGUGCUCUCAAUGCUCGAUGCAGAAUUUGCAGAAAGUGCAAGGAUGCGGAGCACAUGUUACUCUGCGAUGGGUGCAAUAAGGGACAGCAUCUGUACUGUCUCAAACCUAAACUCACUAGUGUCCCUGAUGGCGACUGGUUUUGUGGCACGUGCAGGCCCAAAGAGGUCAAGCCCAAGCCCAAGGCCAGGAAGAGGAAGAAGUUCGAGGAGGAGGACGAAGAGGAGAUCAUCAAGGAGGAGGAUGUCGCUGAGGAGGAGGAGAAGGAAGAGGACACCGCUGACAACAGCUACGUCAAGAUCAAGAAAAUGGAGACGUGCAGUCAGUGCAACAGCACUGGUAGCCUCUUCGGGUGUGAUAUAUGUAAUAAAUUAUUCCACCUCGACUGUGUUGAACCACCAAUGUCCAGGGCACCCAGGGGACGAUGGCUGUGUCACGAGUGCAAGAAUCUCAAAAAGAAUGCCACGAGAUUUGUGAGAGGACGCGAGCGGGAAAGGGAAACGGAGAGACAGUGUGCAGCUGCUGCACGAUUCCGCAUCCACGGCUUCGCCAAGAGUCUCCUCAGUACAGAAUCCUCAAACUGGUGGGACGAUGGAAGUACAUCAGAAGAGGUGGAGCAGAGACAGACUCGGAGGGCGACAAAAAGAGCAGCUGCAGUUCAAGAUAAGACACUUCACGAUCUCCUGAACGAUGUUAUGCACCACAGGGACUCAUGGCCCUUUUUAUCGCCGGUUAGGACUGACGAAGUACCUGAUUAUUACGAGUUUAUAAAAAGACCUAUGGACUUUGGUACGAUCAAGGGAAAACUCGAGGCUGGAAUAUACGAAAACGAUUCACACCUGUUCUUCACGGACUGUCUACUAAUAUUCGACAACUGUCACACCUACAAUGCAGACCACAGCGCUGUUUACAAUUACGUUUACAGAGCUGGAAUGAGACUCUCCAAGUACUUCGAGAAAAAAUCCAAGGAGAUGGGAUUUAACUACGACGAGGAGACCCGAGCACCACCUACCAAGAGAUUCAAGGAUGAUUCGGGGCCCCAUAAGUCCCAUCGCAAUGGUAAUACUGAGAUCGACGAGAGUUGAGACACCAGUGGAAGAUCAAAGACAACAGCAUGUGACUGGCAUUAUAUUUUUCACACAAACAGCGAGAUGAGAAUUCAAGAGUAGAUCCCAGACACCUGUACUUUAUUUUAGUAUAAAAAAGCAUAAGCAAAAUACUGGUGUGUGUUUUUCACAUUCCUGACGUUUUUUUUGAAUACUCACGAGUGUCUAAUGGCGUCUGCGUCCAGUAUUAAUUAUUAUACUGAUGAUUUUAAAAAUGUCAAAUUCGGUUAUUUGUCGAGGGGAAAUUAAUGGAGCCAGUACAACAUCAUAGUGUUCUGCAAGUAGUUAGUAGUUUAGCAAAUUUAUUUUUUUCUUCAUUUCAUUAGUUAGGAGAACAUAUUCUUAUUAUUAGUAAUUUUUUUUUCUAUUUAUUCCGUCGAUAUUUCAUUUUCAUGAAUUUUAGAGUCAGGGGAGAUUCCAUUCAAGUUGGAGAUUUAUUAUUAAUCCUGAGUACUUAGGGGAUUAUGAAGAGUUGAGGAUUAUUAUGCAUGAUAUGUUAUUAUUGAUUAAUGGGGAGUUGAAUUUGGUGGUCGUUCUGAUGAAAUUUUUUCCCUCGGAAUAGGCAUUAUUUGAGGCUGGACCUAUGACACUAGGGUACAAAAAAAAAAUGAGAAAGACAACUGAUUAACUCUUUGUAAUAUCGUAUGUUUUCUACAAUUAAAUCGAUAAUAAAUGAUAUAGUAUUUAAA